AUGUUGCUUGGGGGUGACAUUGGCGAGAGCACGAAGGGGACACUGCUUGAGUUUACUGUCGGGGACAUUGAUUUGGAUGAACCUACAGCUGUGCUAUCUCAGUUGAACGUGUGGUUGAAUGAUAAAGGUAAAGCUGUGGCACAAGGGGUCCAAUUACGGAAAAGGAAGAGGAUCAUUCCUAUGUGGAAGAUCAUUGAAGGCAGUGAAUUGGUUCCAAAAACUGGGGCACAGACAACCGGACUGAAGAUGUUAGACCCAAUGAAGGCGAUUCCGCAUGAUGAUCUGGUGAAUUUGCUGAAACUUUGUUGGGAAUGGCGCCAGGACCCAAAUUUGGUGAUGCAAUUUGGCAACGUGGAAGCUGAGAUUGAAUUCUUCGCUUCCCUCGUGAAAGCUGAUGGUUGGCUGAAAGGAGAUCACAUUGAUUUGGGGUUGUAUCUCAUCCGGAAGCGACAACAACAGUUGGAGACAGAUUCGGUAGAAAUAGCGGACUGGACAACGACCGAUGUUUUUUUUAUGGUAUGUCAUCGGCCUUGACCAAGUGCCGUUAAUAAUUACACAUUUUCCAUACACACACUAGUGGAGGUGUUU